CUUCUCAAAAUUUCCCCCCAAUUUUUCUUCUUCACUCCCUCUCGGCUCGGCUGCCACAGACAGCAUUCUCAGUCGAACUCUUCCGCCAAGACGGCGGUCGAUAUCCAGCGUACUCGACGAUUUACAUCGGCGAACAUCUUUUCGUCUAGAUUAUUUCAAUGAGUGAUUCGAGUAGUAGCAGUCAAGAUGAAAGGAGUGUUGUUAUUCAUACUGAGGUCAAAAAGGUCGCUCGAAGAGGCCCGACCACUAUGCAUGAGUUGACAUGCAUAAGAAACUUAGGGAAACGCAAGACAAUUGAAUAUAAUGACCAAGGUCAACCAAUUGGAGAAAAUGCAAAGAAAAUGCAAAGCUUCAUUGGCGUUUGUGUUAGACAAAAAAUUCCAGUGACUUACAACCAUUGGAAAGAAGUUCCACAAGAACUUAAAGAUAAAAUUUUUAAUUGUGUAGAGAAGUCGUUCGUGUUGGACUGGAGGUCCAAACAUCAUAUUCUUCAAUCUGCAUCGAAGAAGUUUCGAACUUUUAAGUCCACGUUAACUCGGACGUACAUACUUCCAUUCAAGGAUGAACCAAUUUGCUUGCAGAAUCCUCCUGAAAAAUAUCCACAUAUUGAUCAAGAACAAUGGAAUUCAUUUGUUAAUGCAAGACUAAGUGAAGAGUGGGAGACGCUUAGUCGUGCCCAUAAAGAAAUAAGGGCAAAAUGCUUGUAUAACCAUCACAUCUCUCGUAAAGGAUAUGCAAAUCUUGCCCAGGAAUUAGACUUAUCGAGUGACCCUUCCAAUCGUGCAAUUCUAUGGAAAGAGGCACGAAAAGGAAAAAAUAAUGAAUACUUCGAUGAUGCCACUAGAGAAUGUGCUGCUAGAAUUGAUGAGUUAGCUGCAAUACACAAGGGAGAAGAUAUUUUAACCGAAGCAUUGGGUACGUCUGAACAUAGUGGGCGUGUAAGGGGAGUGGGUGAGUUUGUUUCACCAUCCUUAUAUUUUAAUGUUGUCAAAGGAAAGUCAAAGACUCAAGAAUUGCAACCAAAUAAAUCCACAACUGAAGGAAGUAAUCCUUCAAAGAAAAAGUCGAAAGGAAAAGAGAUUGUCAACGUGCACGAAGAAAUUUAUGUCACAGAUGAACAAAAAAUGGAGGGAAAACCUUGUCACUUAGCUGUUGAAUCGGUGGACAACAUUGUUGCUGUAGGCACAAUUUUUGAUAAUAAUGUUCAAUGUCCAACCGUUCAUGGUGUGCCAUUAGGAGUCGACAAUGUUAGAGUUAUGGUAGAUAUUGUCAUAGACGAAUAUGCUACGAUACCAAUUCCUGUGAGAGGUGAGAUAGAGACUCUAAAUCAAACAAUUGGUGGCUUCGUGGCAUGGCCUCGCAGACUUGUAAUUCUGAGUGAGGAGAAAAAUAUUUCUUCUUCGAGAACAUCCCAGACAAGAACACAAUUGUCUAAACAUACAGAUGUCCAUGUUUCUAUUAAGCUCCUGAAUCGAUAUGUCAUGCUCUCAAUGCAACAUGAGGAUACAGUUGAAAUCAAUUUGAGCAAGGACAUAUUUGGAAAGGAGAAGAACAUUUAUUUAACACGUAACGACAUCAUGCAGUAUUGCACAAUGAUUGAAAUAGGUUAUUCGUGUAUACUCACAUACAUUGCGUAUCUUUGGGAUGUAUAUGAGUAUGAGAUAACUAAGAAAUUUUUGAUAGUUGACCCAGCAACCAUUUCACCAUAUGUGAAGUCUCAAGAAUAUCGUUUUAGAAAUCUAGCCAACAGGUUAGAAAUGGUCAACUUGGAACAAUUAGUACUCAUUCCGUAUAAGUCUGGUUGUCAUUGGAUGUUGAUUAUUAUCAAUCUUCGAGAGAAUUGUGUUUAUGUAUUGGACUCUUUACGCAGAAAGAUUCAAGAAGAUUAUCAAAGAGUCAUAAAUACAUCAUUGAAAAUUUGGCAAGCUAAACACUCUAUCCAACGAUAUCGCACUAAUACAAUUUGGAAAUCUAUAAAGUGUCCUUGUCAGAUGGGUUCGGUAGAGUGUGGCUACUAUGUGCAGAAGUAUAUACGAGAAAUAGUGCAAAACGCUAGUACCCACAUAAGUAAUAUUUUUAACACAAAAAAUGCAUAUCAACAGGAAGAAAUUGAUGAGGUUCGAAUAGAAUGGGCAGAUUUUGUUGGAGGAUUAGUGUAGGUUUAUUAUAGAUCUGUUAAUUUUGUUUGUUUGAUAUAAAUACUUGGUUUACUUUUUGUGAGUAGAAUGGAAGUAUUUUUUUUUAUAAAUAUAUAGAAGUGUUACCUGUACAUAUAUAUAGAAGUGUUGGAUGCUGCUUAAUGUAGUUUGUGGAGGGAUGGCGGUCUCCAUUGGAACAUGUUCAGUUUAGCUUAUGGAGAGUUGAGUAGUCUCAUUAUUUGUUGUGUAUGCAUGUAUAAAGAAGGUUGAGAAGGUUGUUGUUUAUAA